AUGCCCUCACCCAUAUCGUUUUUAAGAGCGUUUUCUCGGUUCACUACACCCAUAAUCGCAUUUGGAGCAGGUGUUGUCCUCUUUCCCGCAGAAUGGCGCAAGUCUCGGUGGGAGCCUCGCAAACUCACCCACUUCAACGAGGAAGCUCUAGAGAAGAUCCUGAAACUGGAUCUCUUCAAGCAGUUGGAGAGCAACCCGAGCUACAAAAUGUAUUACAGCAGUGAGAGUUUCCCCCGUCAACAUCACAGCAAUUACGUAAGCAGGGGCAUGCUCUUUGGGCCCGACCUUUUUGAAGUGGAUCCCGUGGUGUUUUUGAACGAGUCAGAGGGAGAGUUGACAGCCUUCUAUCAUUUGGGGAAAGACCUUGUUAGUGGCGAUGGAAUGCUUCAUAACGGCAUCACCGCUACAAUUCUUGACGAAGGGCUCUGUGCGUGUGGCUUCUCGCUGCUUCCUUCAAAGAGAGGUGUGACUGCAAAUCUCACCAUAGACUUCAAGAACCAGGCGCAACCGCAAAGCACAGUGGUUCUCAGGGCGAAAGUUGCAGAGGCAAAGGGCAGAAAGGUGGUUAUAGACGGCACACUUCUGACAUUCCCCACACAUUUGGGCGAGAAGCCCAUGGAGAUUGCUUCUGCCAAGUGUGUGCUUGUGGAGCCCAAGUGGUUCAAGUACUUUCUCUCCUCCGCUGUCAAGCCCGACUCCCAGAAGUCUACUUUGGAGUUGGCUAAGGACAAGGUGACUGACACCAUCGACAACUUUGUUGGCGACAACUCCAGAUCCGGUGACAAGUCUUUCACUCAGCAGGCUUCCGACGCUGUCUUCGGAGAGAAGAAGUAA